AUGUCGGCCUUUUCCAUCGACGAAGCCAUGGCUGAUGCCUUGGAGAAUCUCAAUCGCAUUUCUUGUCAUUUCCGCAAGCAUGAACAGCACAAUGCUGCUAAUGAAGUGGGAAAGCUGAGCGUCCAGAUCGUCAAUGCAUUCUCCGAUGGCAUUGAGAACCUGUCCCGUGAUGAAUAUAUUUUCAGUGAUGCGGAGGGUAAGGAUUGUCAGAGCAUCGACGCCGGUCUUUCCAGCAACCAUGUCUCCGAAGCACUUCAGAGACACAGCUUUUCUGGUCUCCUGACCCAGAUCGAGAGAAUGACCAAAGCAAACGUCGGCAGCCAUGUCAAUAUGCUGCAGAAAGUCUCCUCCGAUGAAAUUCUCCCUCACCAGCAGCAGCAGCAGCAGCAAUAG